AGGGCAAAAAUUCAAGAUUUGUGCAGUAAGAAUUAUUACUUUGUGGUCAGAGUUAAUUUUAGGGUAAAUUUUGGCUUAAACAGUAAAUAACCGUCGCCGUUCCUACUUUUGACAAAAGUUAGCAGGUCACAGCAAUCUUCAAUAAGUUUCAGAAUAGGGAAUGGAACGUGGUAUUUUUCUCACCAAAAUACAUAUCCAGGAUGUUCUGCUCUACAACUGAUUACAAUUUCUCAUAUUUCUAGCAAGAAUUGAGUUUCCAAAUAUAAUUGAGUCAAUUUCCUCAGGGUUACUUGUAAACGACUACUUCAAGUAGACGGUGCUGAUCUAAUGCAGGAAACUCACUCCAUGGCUGGGGACAAUUACAUUACAGAAAAUUCCCUCCAAUGCCACACACUCCCUAAAACCAAUCAUAAACUUACACACACUAACGGAGUCCAUAAAGUGUACAAGAUCAUGGGACCUUACGAACCUGAAAAAAACUUAAUUGCCCCAUCAUCCAUCUCACAACCCCCCACCGAGCUAGAAUUCGGAUGGAUUCCCCCCUACAAAACCAAGACGAUCGAACCCAUAACGAUUUCCACGCGGACAGACCGUCUGAAAUGGAUCACUGCCGCAAAAUACAACUUAUUCAAUCUCUCCACCGACCAAAUUAUCCUAGAUUUCCUCACCGAUUCGGGCACCGGAGCGAUGAGUGCGCGUCAAACUGGGCAUCUUAUCACGGGCGACGAAACCUACGCGGGAAGCUCGUCGUUCUCCAAUUUUACUAAAGCAGUCCAAAAUUUUACCUCAUUUCCCGAAAUUAUACCCGUCCAUCAAGGCAGGGCCGCUGAGCGGAUCUUGUUUAGCACCCUGGGCGUAAAUUCGUCUCACGUUAUCCCAUCAAACGGGCAUUUUGACACGACCCAAGCAAACAUUCAGCUCCUUGGAGGCACCACGGUUGACUUUAAAUCGACCGAUGCCACCCUUUUCCAAGGAGGUAUGGACAUCUCCAAAUUAUCGACAUUUUUAAAGAAAAAUUCCGACCACGUCCCCUUCGUCAUGGUCACCGUGACCAACAACACGUACGGAGGUCAGCCCGUCUCCAUGUCCAACCUGAAAAAGGUUAGCAGCAUUUGCGCCUGGUAUGGAAAACCGGUGUUCAUCGACGCCUGCAGAAUCGCGGAAAACGCCUACUUCAUCAAGCGGGACGAACCCGGGUUUGAAAAUAGCACAAUUUCCGACAUAAUUCGGGAAAUGUUGCAUUAUUCGGACGGGAUGACGAUGAGUGCGAAGAAAGAUGGCUUGUCCCACAUCGGGGGCUGGAUUGCGGUCAAAGAUCCCGCUCUGGCGGAAAAAUUGAAAGCCUUGCUCAUAGUGACGGAAGGAUUUUCCACGUAUGGCGGACUAGCUGGGAGAGAUUUGGACGCGAUUUCACAGGGCUUACGGGAAGUCGUGGAUGAGCAAUAUUUGGCCCAUAGGAUCAACUCGGUGGCGCAUUUUGGUCAGAUGUUGGUCGAUCUUGGAAUCCCAGUCGUGCAGCCGUUUGGUGGUCACGCGGUUUAUAUCGAUGCAAACAAAUUUUUGCAAGAUUGCGUCAGUCCGCAAAAUUUUCCGGCGCAUUCACUCGCCAUUCAGCUUUAUAUCGAGGGAGGGAUCAGAACGUGUGGUCUGGGCAGUUUUGUCUUCCCCGAGAGUACGGAUGAACUUGUAAGGAUUGCCGUACCGAGACGGGUUUAUGCCAAGGAGCAUUUUGAAUAUGCGGUAAAAGUAGUUGCCAAAGUCUUCAGGGAGAGAACGUUGGUGAAAGGGAUGCAAAUUUUGAAGGAAUCUGGACUUAUGAGACAUUUCUCGGCGGAGCUGGUCCCCGUUGAGGAAAAUGAUUGUGUGAAUUAUUCCUAAAUUUAUGAAUUUCUUUAAAUAAUUUUUAUUGGUUUGGCACACACACUAUAUGUACGCAGAGUUUAUUGAUUAAAUAUCUGUUGCGCUUAACUAACAAUUUACAAAUUAUUUAUGUAUUCUUUGCAGGGAAAUAUUAUGCAAUUUCUUACUUGUUCUAAUCGUAUUUAAAGAUAAUUAUUAAUAAAAUCAUUAAUUGAUCAGCUAAUG